AAUUUAAAGACAAAUAUAGAAAAAUCAUCAGCAGUUUGACGAUUUAUUAAGCCGAUCAUAUUUAGGCGAUGUUUUAAGUUAUAACAGCGCCGACAGCGGUUCAAUAAGAUCUGUUUGUGUCUCUUAAACUGAAACAUUUGUAACUGAGUUUUAAGUUUUCUCAUUGUUCUCUAGUGGCCUAUGAAUCUCUUACUUUCAUUUUAUAUCAGCUGGGUUCACUGGUCUGCCCAGAGCAGUUUUAUUUACUGUUGUUUAUUUCUGAUCACAACAGUUACUGUGUUCUGGUUACACCUCUGACAAAAACUACCAAAAUGUACCAUGGUUAUACUAUGUUUUUGUGGUUAAACCUUGGUUUCUUGGAUACGUACCAUGGUAUUACAGGGCAUGUACCACGGUCAUAAUAUGUAUUGGGCAAUUUCUUGAAUAUGUACCAGUGACAUUAUCAUGUUACUGGAGAUCAUACCAUGUCAUGGUCAUGAAUAUGGUAAUCAGUCUCUACCAUGUUAUGUAUCCGUGUACCACAUUACCAUCACUACCACCUGAUAUCAUGGUAUCACCAUAGUAUUUUUAUAAGAGAUUUCAGUCAGUGUAUUUGUACCACUGUCGACUAACCUACUACUUGUGGUUGUUUCUUAUGUGGUGAUGAUGAUGUUAAUGUUUCAGGAUGGUGACAAAGCUGCAUUUAAUGCAUUUGGUGUUGAUGUCGUCACAUAUGAUUUCAGUUUUAGCCAAGUAUGAGAAUAAUAUCGUGUUCGAGUAUUUAGAAGACUUGCCAGAAUCAGACGAGCCGGUGUGGAUUUUGGGAGUGUGUUACAAUACUAAAACAAAGAAAGCAGAGCUGCUCUCAGAUGUGCGAUCAAGACUGUGGUUUACAUACAGAAAAAAGUUUUCGCCCAUAGGAGGAACAGGUCCUUCAUCAGACACAGGCUGGGGCUGCAUGCUACGAUGUGGACAGAUGAUUCUUGCACAGGCUUUGCUCUGUAGGCACCUUGAACGUGAUUGGCGAUGGGAUCCAGAAAAGCCUCAGCCUAAAGAGUAUCACCGUAUCUUGCACUGUUUUCUUGACAAGAAGGAUAGCUGCUACUCCAUCCACCAGAUGGCUCAGAUGGGUGUUGGAGAGGGUAAGUCUGUUGGAGAAUGGUACGGUCCAAAUACCGUGGCACAAGUGCUCAAGAAACUUGCUUUGUUUGAUGAUUGGAAUUCUUUGGCUGUGUACGUGUCAAUGGACAACACGGUUGUUAUUGAGGACAUCAAGAAACAGUGUCAUCAGCCACGCUAUGAGAGCAGGUCCAGGGCCGGUGCCUGUAGCCAGGGUGAGGUCUCGAUGUCCGGCCAGAGCUGUUCAGAGGGCCAGGGAAGAGCCAUUCAGCCAAAAAGGCCCCUGGACUGGAGGCCCCUGCUGCUGUUGAUUCCUCUCCGGAUGGGUAUCAACAACAUCAACCCUGUUUAUAUUCAGGCUCUCAAGGAGUGUUUUAAAAUGCCGCAAUCAUGUGGUGUUUUAGGAGGAAAGCCCAACCUGGCCUAUUAUUUUAUCGGAUUUAUUGAUGAUGAGUUGAUCUAUCUGGACCCUCACACCACCCAGCAGGCUGUGGAGUCUGAAUCAGACAUUGUUGUGGAUGAUCUGAGCUAUCACUGUCAGAGGACUCCACACCGCAUGAAAAUCACAAACCUGGACCCUUCUGUUGCACUGGGGUUUUUCUGCAGGACUGAGGCGGACUUUGACAGCUGGUGUAAGCUGGUUCAGCAGGAGUUCCUCAAGAAGAGAAACUUGCGUAUGUUUGAGCUGGUAGAGAAACAUCCAUCUCAUUGGCCUCCGUUUGUUCCCCCCGCCAAACCAGAGGUGCAGACCACAGGAGCAGAGUUCAUUGAGUCUCCAGACAAGCUUUUUGAGUCGGAGGAGGAGUUUGAGAUCCUAAACGUGUGAUCUCCAUCCCACUCAGCUAAUCAACCAAUGAGAGUCCUGGCUGAGGAGGCAUCAGAGAUGUUCUUCUGCGUUACAUUGCACAAGUGCCUCAGAUCAACACCAAGCACAACACGAUUACUGUACAAGUAAACAAAGCAAACAACAGCCAGGACAGUACCAGUACUGACGUUAUAAAUGAGCCUGUGCCGUUUUAAUUUGAUCUGCGGUUAGCAGGACAACCAAGCCAAGGAUCCUUGUAGCAACCCUGUGUGACAUAUAGCCUCAUUUGGAGGCUCAGACUUGUUUUUAAUUUAAAAAAAGCUAUCAGGACUGUCAAUUUGCAUGAACUUUAUUGUAAUGUUUUAAAGAACGGUGCAUGAGGAUGAUAUCUUUACAACCUCAACACACUCUACCUCCUGACUGCAGGAGACGGCAAAUAUGCAGACAUCUUUUAUUCAGUGUUAUUCAAGGAAAGAAAUAACCUUAUUGGUUACAUAAGUGCCUAUCUCUUUGACAUAUUUAUGUUUUUUUUCUGACUGGUAAAGGUGAUGUUUCCUUUCCUUAUUAAGAUGGGUUAAUGAUUUUACCCACCCUUGCACAUUUGUGUAAAUAUGGCUUCAUAUUUAGAUAUUUAAAUACGUUUAGCAAGACUUGGAUUUGUCCUAUCACUUUUUAAAACGAUAAACUGUAAAGCUACCGUCCCUUUAUAAUAAUGAUAUCUUUGUAUCGGGUUAAUUCAUCACUGUCUAAAAAUGUAUGAAAUGAUAAAAGUUAUUUAACGUUUGUUAGUAUUGGGAAAUGUGACAGUCGCAUACAAAGUCAUUGUUACUAAUAGUUUUUGGUUUUGGAUUGUAUCAUGUAAUUAAAAAUGGAUGUUUUAUUAUUA